GAGGGGCAGGCUGGGAAGCGCCGCCAUGUUGGCGUCGUCCGCGCUGUAUUGUCAUAAAUAGAGCCGGUUAUGUAGUGUUUUCACUACUCGGUUGGCUGCCUCGGCCGUGGUGAGUGAGAGAGUGUGCGAGCUAGCGAGCGACAGGCGACCAGAGGAAAACGGACAAGAGGAGGGGAAGGAGCCAGAACGGGACUCCGGAGCGGGAGACACUCGCGGUGAGGGAGGCUCAGGAAGCGAUGAAAGAAACGUCUGCAAACACCGUGCUGGACAGCCAGCGUAAACAAAAGCAUUAUGGAAUCACUUCUCCAAUUAGCUUGGCAUGUCCUAAAGAAAUUGAUCACAUUUACACACAGAAAUUAAUUGAUGCCAUGAAACCAUUUGGAGUUUUUGAAGAUGAGGAAGAAUUGAACCACAGGCUGGUUGUUCUUGGUAAAUUAAACAAUUUAGUAAAAGAGUGGAUUUCCGAUGUUAGUGAGAGUAAGAAUCUCCCACCUUCUGUUGUGGCUACUGUUGGUGGUAAAAUUUUCACUUUUGGCUCCUAUAGGCUUGGAGUACAUACCAAAGGAGCUGACAUUGAUGCACUUUGUGUAGCUCCAAGACAUGUGGAGAGAUCUGAUUUUUUUCAGUCUUUUUUUGAAAAAUUGAAGCAUCAAGAGGGCAUUAGAAAUUUAAGAGCUGUAGAAGAUGCCUUUGUACCUGUUAUAAAAUUUGAAUUUGAUGGAAUUGAGAUUGACCUAGUUUUUGCAAGACUGGCAAUACAAACCAUAUCAGAUAAUUUAGAUCUAAGAGACGACUCUCGACUGAGAAGCCUUGAUAUAAGGUGUAUUCGCAGCCUAAAUGGAUGUAGAGUUACUGAUGAAAUUUUGCAUUUAGUGCCAAAUAAAGAAACUUUUAGACUCACCCUAAGAGCAGUCAAAUUAUGGGCAAAACGACGUGGUAUUUAUUCCAACAUGCUGGGAUUCCUUGGUGGUGUCUCUUGGGCAAUGCUAGUUGCAAGAACUUGCCAAUUAUAUCCAAAUGCAGCAGCUUCUACUUUAGUUCAUAAGUUCUUUUUAGUUUUUUCCAAGUGGGAAUGGCCAAAUCCUGUGCUGCUGAAGCAACCAGAAGAAAGCAAUUUGAAUUUGCCUGUUUGGGAUCCUCGGGUAAAUCCAUCAGAUAGGUAUCAUCUCAUGCCCAUAAUCACCCCUGCCUACCCACAACAGAAUUCUACGUAUAAUGUGUCCACAUCAACUCGAACAGUAAUGGUAGAAGAAUUUAAACAAGGUCUUGCAGUCACAGGUGAAAUUCUUCAAGGGAAAUCAGAUUGGUCCAAACUACUUGAGCCACCAAAUUUUUUUCAAAAGUAUAGACAUUAUAUAGUAUUGACUGCCAGUGCAUCAACAGAAGAAAACCAUCUAGAGUGGGUUGGAUUAGUAGAAUCUAAAAUCCGUGUGCUUGUUGGAAACUUGGAACGGAAUGAAUUUAUUACUCUUGCCCAUGUAAAUCCCCAGUCAUUCCCAGGAAAUAAGGAACAUUAUAAAGACAAUAAUUACGUAUCAAUGUGGUUCCUUGGAAUAAUUUUUCGGAGAGUAGAGAAUGCAGAAAGUGUUAACAUAGACUUGACAUAUGAUAUACAGUCAUUUACUGAUACAGUGUACAGACAGGCAAACAAUAUAAACAUGCUAAAGGAGGGAAUGAAAAUUGAAGCAACUCAUGUUAAAAAAAAACAACUUCAUCACUAUCUUCCAGCAGAGAUCCUUCAAAAGAAGAAAAAGCAAAGUCUUUCUGAUGUCAAUCGUUCAAGUGGACCUCAAUCCAAAAGAUCAUCUCUGGAUGGCAAUUGUUUGGAUAGCUCUAGAGACACUGAUAAUGGAACACCUUUUAAUUCCCCAGUGUCUACAAACAAACCUCCCAAGCCUGAUGUUUCUCCUUCAGGAGAAACAGAAAGGAAUAAAACUGAACCUGCUGCUGUGAUUGUGGAAAAGCCAUUGAGUGUUCCGCCAGCUCAAGGACUAUCUAUUCCAGUCAUUGGUGCAAAAGUUGACUCUGUAGUAAAAGCUGUAUCACCCCCAGCUGUGUGCACCAUUCCUACUGUAGUAGGACGAAAUGUUAUUCCUAGGAUCACAACACCCCACAACCCUAUCCAGGGACAACCACAUCUAAAUGGGAUGGCAAAUAUAACUAAAAAUGUUGUGCCCAAAAGGUCCCAUUCCCCAUCUAUCGAUAUGUCUUCAAAGAGAUUAAAAGAUAUAGAAAAGUUUAUUCGACUUGAAUCAAAGUUUAAGGAAUCACGUGCUGCUGAAAACAGAAAAAGAAAAUCAGUGAAUGCCAUUGGAGGAGAAUGUAUGCCUAUUCCAACUAUUGAUACUUCACGCAAAAAGAGACUGCCCAGUAAAGAACUACCAGAUUCAUCAUCUCCAGUUCCAGCAAAUAACAUUCGUGUCAUCAAAAAUUCUAUUCGACUGACUCUUAAUCGGCUCCAUCACCGCUUGCUGGCCCAGGAGGCCGCUCUGAGCUACGCACCCCGGGAGGAGAGGCCCGCAGCGUUAUAUCUUCCUGUAUUCAAAUAUUUUGAGAUUUGCUCUACCAAUUCUCUAUUUGAGUAAAGGUGAAUGAUUAUGAAAGGGCUAAUUGUCACCUGACUUCAAACUUUGAAAAAUUCUUUAGUAAGGGAUUUGAUUAAAUUUUAUAUGUGAUGUAUUUGCAUUUUUGUAUUUAAUAUCUACCUAUUCUCCCCUUCUAUUAUCAGUCUUCAAAGUCUCUUUAAGAAUUCCCUGUACAUCCAUGUUUACCUUAGUAUAUAAACAGAUUCUUUGGAGUGAUUAGUGCAGUUUUUCUUUAAUAAGAAAGCAAUUAGCCUAAACCUUAUACUAUAGUGUAGUCAUUUCUCUUGUUUUAAGGGUCCAUUCAACACAGGGUUAAGAUAUAGUCAGUGGUUCAAGUUGGACCUCUCAAAGAUAGCAUUCUUCCACCUGUUUGGUAACUGGGAGUUGAUGAAAUGCUUUUAAGAUGUGGGUUUGGUCAAAAAUGAAGUGUUUUUAUCCAGAACAGUAGGUAGAAUGUUCAGUACAUUUUGUUACCAUUGUAGGAAUCUUCCAUUGUACUGGUUCCAAGUAAGUAUAAAGGUAAAGUAUGAUCUGGGAGUAUAUAUCACGUUACGAGGGACUAAGUAAAUGUGUUGGAUUUCAGGUGUGAAACUAUACUUAGAAAUACUUUUUUUAAAAGUCAGAACUAUCUACAUACGUAAAAGUCUAAGCGACCAUCCGACCAACCAUCUGACCAGUAGCUAUGACAUGCAAUGACCACCAAGGGGUAGACGCUCAAUGCAGGAGCUGCUGAGCUGUGGUGACUUGGCAGCUGCAGUUCUCAGGUAACACAUUAGAACCAGAGAGGAGGGAGCCCGAUUUUGGGGUGCAUCCCCCGAGAACUACCCUCACAGUCCGGGACUCCUCAGGGGAUGUUGGAGAGCCGGUUUCAGCCCAAUCCCCGCAGGCCAGGCCAAGGGACCCCACUGGUGCACGAGUGCAUGCACUGGGCCUCUAGUUCAUUAUGUAGACAUGUUCAUUUUCACAAGGGUUAAAUUUUUUUUUUAAUUUUAUUUUAUUGUUUAAAGUAUUACAGAUAGCAGCGCAUAUGUCUCCUUUUUUUCCCCCCAUUGACCUUCCCCCGGGCUCCUCUACCCCCCAGCACAUGCCCUCACCCCACCCCUCCCAGUGUCUUGUGUCCAUUGGUUAUGCUUAUAUACAUGCAUACAAGUCCUUCGGUUGAUCUCUUACCUCCCCCUCUCCCAACACUCCCCACUUCACACUGUAAUUUUGCAGUCUGUUCCAUGCUUCUCUGCCUCUGUAUCUCACAGGGGUUAAAUUUUAAUCUCAUUUUUCAGUGACUGGUUCUGAAAAUUAGUAUAUAUCAAAGGAAAACAAUUAUCUGCUAAUUUACCCUUAGGGACAAUUUGAGAGACAGGGUUUGUGGCUUGAAAUCUUAUAACAUUGGGGCAGGAGAAUGAAUUUUUAAAACACUACAUUGGAUCCCACUCCUGACACCAAAAAAAAUAAAAUAAAACACUACGUUGGUGCUUACAAUAAGAAGAAUUGUCUUACAACAGCAAUUUAGUAAUAUUAAAAUGCUACUCUAGCAGAAGCAGUAAAGUGAAGCUGGGCUAAGAUUAUUUUCCACUGUUCCACAGCUUUGAAAUCAGAAUUCCUAAUGGGUGUCAUGGACCAUAGGGAAUCCUUCGCAAAUGUAUAUAAGAAGUUUUUAUUUAUAUGCAUUUUUCUGGGGAGAAAUUCAUAGCUUUCAUCACCUUUUCAAAAUGGUUCAUGACCCUAAAAAUAGGGGUGGGGGACCACAGCUAUCCAGAAUUGAAUAAUUCCGGACUCAGGGGAAUUUUUUCCCAUAAGAUUUUCCUGUGGUAUAUUUCCGAAAAUGUACUAUGGCUCCUAACUAGUAAAGUGGGCUGAUGGAGGAUGCUGAAACACCAAAUUUCUCUCCAGGUUUCUUUAUAUAUUUCAGAUGAAACUUCUUCAGUACUUAGAAAAAUGCUUCCUAUUGCAUUUAUAAAUGUCUUCAUGUUAAUUUAGAUUCAUCAACGGGGUCAAACUUUAGUUCAACAAAUCAGAGUAGAAUAGCUUAUAAUGGCCAUUAGAAAUGGUAAAAAGUAGUUAAUCAUUUAAGAUCCUAAUCCUUAUGAUUUAAAGUAUCAUUAAAGUUCUCUUGUUCUUCUGUGUUUGUGGUUCAGACUAGAACGUAUACUGAACAGACCAAUAGAACUUUAGUUUAAAAAACAUUUUAUAAAUAAAAUUGUAUUUAAAUAAAUAACUGCCUAUUAAAUCUUCCAAAGCUUAGAAUUUAGGCCAUAAUGAUAGUGAUAAAAAGUGCAGAUGUUGGGAGAAAAACCAAUCUCAAUAAUGGUAACUAUGUAUUUCCUUGGAAUUUUUUCAGAAGGAUUAUACAAGGUCAUGUCCUUCCCAAAUUUCCUAUUUUUUUCUGAAAUAAUUUCUGAAGUUAGUCGAACAUAAGAUUAUUAUUAGACUUGCUAUAAUUUUUAAGCUAUUACUACAUUUUAGCAAAGAUCCACAUAAUUACUUUAUAAACUGCUUAGGAUAUCUUUGAGGUAAAUGGUGCUACAUCAAUCAUUCCACAGUGUUAAGUAAAAUGAAUGCAGCUGUGUGUGUAAUUCAUUUUAAUUUUUCCUGCCUUUUAUUUGGAUUGUCUUAUUUCUUAGUUAUACACAUGAGCCUCAUUUGUCUGAAAUAAGUAAUCAAAUAAACUUGCUUUGAUAAA